GUGAUCAAGGAAGCACCACUAACCCACAUUUUAUUUGUGCACGUAUAAGUGUUUCCUCCCAAUCAAAAAUGCCUUACAAAUCCCAAGAAAAUUUUGAAUUUGCAAAUGUGCCACGUUCUAACGAAUACCUGAGACUGAUUUGGUAGGAAAAGAAAUUAAAUUUCAUCUUCUAUUUUCGUAUUUUAGCCUAAGAUGCCUUGUUUGUCGCUCUGCACGAAUGGGGUUACGUAUUGUUUUUAUGACCAUUUUUGUUGAUGAUUGUUGAAUUUAAGUAAAAUAAACUUAUGCGUUAAAGGACCUUGUUUCCAUUUCGUAAUAUAUUUUUGACCUUGAUAAUGUUUAUUGUAAUAUGCUGGUCGUGUGAGCUGGAAAUCUAUUAGAGAAACGCGCAUGCGUAUUGACUACACAAAUUAAGCACCAACAAUCAAUACGGUAAAAGUACACACCAAAAGAAUUCCAGCGCCAAAUCACAGAAUCAUUAAAAAUGUGGCCUAUUGUUCUAUUAGUUUUUACAUUUCACGGAAUUAAUUGUGAACCAGAAACAGUGCGGGAUAAUUUUGACUACUUUAGCUAUGGGAACGAAGAUAAUCUUUUGAAAAACCUCGAUCUUCAUCUGCCAAAAGACGAAAUUGUGUUACGACCGCAGGAUGUCAAGGAUUGGCCACAACAGUCACUGAAUGUGGGGCAAAUAACUGGUGUCUCAAUAAAUUCUUUGGGACAGCCUGUAAUUUUCCACCGAGCCGAAAGAGUGUGGGAUGAAAGUACAUUCAAUGAAUCUAAUGCGUACCAAAAUCUGGACAAAGGACCGAUUAACGAAGAUACCAUAUUAGUGCUAGAUCCGCAAACAGGAUCAGUACUUCAUAGUUGGGGGGCUUUUGCAUUUUAUAUGCCCCAUGGACUCACUGUUGACCAUCAUGAUAACGUUUGGGUUACCGACGUGGCAAAGCAUCAAGUCUUUAAGUAUACACCUAACAAUCACAAGUAUCCCACCUUGACAAUAGGAGAAGCUUUCACAGCUGGGUAUCCCUACAGACACCGUGUCCUACUCUGCAUGCCGACGUCAGUAGCAGUUGCGACAACAGGCGAAAUCUUCGUCGCCGAUGGCUACUGCAAUAACCAGAUACUAAAAUUCAAUGCUGCUGGAACCUUACUCUUCGCCAUACCAUCGUUUUCUGACACCCUCACACUGAAUCUUCCACACAGUAUCACAUUGUUGGAACACUUGGACAUUGUCUGUGUGGCAGAUAGAGAGAACAUGAGGAUUGUUUGUCCUAAAGCUGGACUGAAGAGUUAUAUUAAGAUGUUGGAGCCGGCGACUAUUAUUGAGGACCCCACACUAGGCAGAGUUUUCGCGAUUGCUUCACAUGGCGAUAUGAUCUAUGCUGUGAAUGGACCCACGUCUCAGAAUAUCGCAGUAAGAGGUUUUACCGUCAAUGCUGUAUAUGGUAACAUUUUGGACACUUGGGAGCCAUUGACGGGUUUCACAAAUCCUCACGCGUUGGCAGUAACAAGAAACGGAUCCCACCUCUACGUUACGGAAAUCGGACCGAACAAAAUAUGGAAGUUCGAACUAUCUGACGUCUAUGACAAGAAGUAGAAAAUUGAGACGAAGUUUUAUGUAGGAUUUAAAUUAAAAAGAAAAUAGUUAACGCUUUAUAACGACGCGAAUGUAAUUCGCGUUGCACGUACUUAGAUGAAAUCUUUCCAAUAUAAUCUAUAAAUAAAUAUUAUCUUAGGGGUAAUUUCGCAGCGCAGUUGCAAUGCAAUCAAGAUUAGUUUACAGGAAGUAGAUUUAUAUGACGUGGCAGGAAAACUCGUAAUGAACGAUGAGCAUCCAUAUUUCCAAUUCGCACAGCAAAUUUUGUAAUGCGUUUGUGUUUCCUGACAGUUAAAAUUUAAAUACCUUCAAAGGAAGAGUGAAUAGAUAUCUUCUAUAUAAGCGUAGUCCAACUUAGACCACAUUGAUGCUUUUCAUCAGGCUUAAUUAAAGUCAAGCGCGAACCUAUUCAUAAAAAAAAAUAUAUAAAAAAUUAAAUCUAAAUUUAACUGCCUCCUCUAGUGAUUUUUAAUUUUGAGGAACGAGUAAAACUGUGUAUUGCGACUAACCCCUAUAAAAUUAAUAGGUAAUUUAAAUACGUAUUAUAAUAAAAUGAAAAUACUUAAUAGUCUAAAUACCGGAAUACAAGUAUGUUAAAAAUAUUAAUGAAGUUAUAUACACAUAAAGGUUUAAAAAAAUAUGAUAAAAUAUUUAUUUUUUCACGCUGGCAUACUUUAUUUAUGGUAUCCUAUAUAUAGUAAAAUAUAAAAUAACCUACACAUAUUAAACUGUAUGGAAAAUUUCACUUAUAACCAAAAUUUAAUUAAGAGAGUUAUUUGAAGUAUUUAAAAGGACAAUAAAGUCUGGCCGUAUUUACCUGCAAACACCAGGAAGUUUGACUUGUAUGAGGUGUGAGAUCUUCAUUUCAAUUGUUGGAGUAAUUAUAACAGCCGUUAUCUCUAAUUUGACUGAAGCUCUUCCGCGCGUCUCAAUUAGACAGCGCGAGUCUCGUCUCUGUCUCUCUAUGUCUUGACGAUACAGUAGAUAGAGUAAGAUAUAGGCGAAUUUGAAACUCACGCUGUCUAGUUUUAAAAACAUGGUUCCAGAAGCGUUAAAGUUCCUUGUCUCUCGAGAAUUGUGGCUAUUUACCUACCACUGCUACCAUUCACUACAAUGGGGAUGAUGACUUGGUUUGAAUACUCGUAUAUUGAUUUUUAUGAGACAUUCAAGUAAAUAAGGGCAAUGUUAACUAAUUUAUACGUAAAAAGCGUACGUUUUAGCUUCUGUAAAUGUGACAUUUUUAAUAUUUGAACAAUAAACAUAAACGCACAAAUAUCAAAAAGAUAUUUGUAAUUUUGAUUGAACCUACAAAUAUAACGAUCAUUAUGAUCAACGAUGUCAUUAAUUCGUACCAUUUUGUAUGGGGCGUUUUUCAGAGAUCCGUGGCAGUGUUCCAAAUAUGAACCUUUAAACCCCUUAGCUCCUAAAGUAAUAAUCGCAGAUAUCCUGUUACUUUUACAAAAUUGCCUUAUUAUUAGCAUACUCCUAAUUUAUAUUCAAUUUAAAAAAACUGUCAUCAUACCUAUUGAAAAGGUCUUGAAUUCGAUCUUCGCCCGUUGGAAUACUUUUCUAAUCACUCCAGUCUUUACGGUCAAUUGCAGGAAGACUGCCUCUUCUUCUAUGUUUUUGAAUACGGGAUAUUGGUAGUAAAUAGAUCAAAAGUAAUUGAAAAAAAAAAAAAUUUUUUUUCGAUCGUUGCUUUUCAAUCUAGCCAUAUAUGCAUGGCACCUAGAGGUAUAUACGAGUAUAUAGUAUGAUAUCGAAUUAUAUAAACUAAGUAGGGCCAAUAAAAUCACGCACAUAAUAAAAAAAUGUUUAUCUAAUGUAACAAGUACAUAAAUGUACCUAGAUUUGAAAGUAUUCCAACAAAAUUGUUCGCAUAUUAUAAUCAUCUUAGAUGAUGAAGUACGCUAUCUUGAUUAUAUAGUGUUUACUUGCAAAAUGCACAUAAUCCCACAAUAAUUUCACAAUUAGAAGUAGAAGGUUAGGGCGUGUAUACUGGCUUUAGUGAUUAUCUAUGUAAAAAAAAUAAAGAAAAAGAAUUUAUGUACCAUUAGAUCUCAAUCGGUUAAAAUCUGCUUAAGAUAUCCAUAGAUUAAAUAUAGUAAGCCAGUUAUAAACUGUCUCUUCGGGUCAAUGCACUAAAGUAAAAAAGAAACAAAUGUCACGCCUCUCCUUGACAUCCGCAUAUACAAACUUUUUUCAUAAUUUGUAUUUCAAAGUUUAACACUAACUCUAACACUAACAAUUACGUAAAUUAAUUAAUCAAUAAUUACCAAUAAAAAAUACUCCAUCUUAUUUCUUUAGUUUUUGUAAACAGUUUUUAAAAUAUUUAAAAGCAUAAGACGCCAUUUUUGAAUAAUAUUGAAAGUUACUGAUGCGACGCUUGGUGUCGUACUGACUCGAGAAUGUAUUCGUUUUUGAAUUUUGUAUUUGGGGCGGCUACGACACCGCCUUCGUCAUCGAAUUAUUGAUUAAUUUGUGGACCGACGAGACUGUUCAUAACGAGCUUACAAUAAAUACUUAUUAUCUACUGAUGCAAAAGAGGCAAAUCAGACUGUUAUCCAAGCGACCCGUCGCCACAUAAUUCGUCGCCACGCUGUGGUACAAUUUCGAUAUUUAAUUAUUUUCAAAUCUGUAAGGCGGUCUGCCACGAUUCACAGUUC